UUCCGUUUAGACACUUGGUCCUGCAGCAUCCGGAUUACGGAUUGUCAGUGCUUGCUUGUUUACUUUUUGCUGCCUUCCUACAAUGAUGGUGUCUUUAAUGUUGGCUACUGUUUAGAUGACUGUUGAUGUGAGAUUGAUUAUCAGAUCUAAUCAGAAGUGUUCUGUCUGAUACUUUGACACUGAUCCAAAGCAUGGGAAUCCAAGGGUUAAUGAGCUAUGUGGGAUCCAAUCACUGUUUCUUGAACGAUUUGCGGCUGAGAAACACAAAAAUAAUCAUAGAUGGCAACAACCUUUACCACAAAUUGUAUUUAGAUUCAGGCUUGGAACAAGUACACGGCGGGAGUUAUGAUACAUUCGCAGAACUCGUACAUAAAUUCUUUGAAAGUCUGACGCUGUGUAACAUCCAUGCUUACGUCGUCUUAGAUGGUGGAUGUGACAUCUCCGAUAAAAAGCUUGCGACCCAAAAGCAACGUGCCAGGGACAAAAUCAAAAUGGCUCAGAGUCUUUCUAUAGGAGAGGGGGGCAGUUUACUUCCUCUCAUGGUGAGAGAUGUAUUUUUGCAGGUCUUGAAAAAGUUGCAAAUACCCUUUGUUCAAUGCUUUGCUGAAGCUGACCAGGAAAUCGUAGAGUUGGCCAAUGUGUGGAAUUGCCCCAUUCUGACUUUCGACAGUGACUUCUGCAUCUUUGACAUUAAAGCUGGAUACUGUCCCCUCAGUUAUUUUCAGUGGAAAAAUAUUGUCACAUCAAAGGAUAACAAAGAAUGUUAUGUUCCAGCAAGAUGUUUCUCGGCCCGGCAGUUUUGCAGCUACUUUAACAACAUGAACAUUUCCUUACUCCCAUUUUUUGCCGUACUUACUGGGAAUGACUACAUCAAUCUCCCUGCUUUAGAGACCUUUUUUAGCAGAGUUACUUUGCCUAUAGGCUCUUCGUUCCAUGGUGGGAGAAAACACAUGCGAAUCCAUGGUCUAUUAAACUGGUUGUCUACUUUUGCAACAGUAGAAGAGGCCAUGGAGAAUGUAGUGAAAUACCUCCGUGCGCAGGAUAGGCAUAGUGUCCGAGAGCUUCUUUGUUCUGCCAUGGAAGAAUACAACUUAUCUGGUGUCUCCAACCUUGAGUACUUUUUUCGGGACAGUUCUUACAUCUCUUUAACAGCAGUCCAACUAAAUUUGCCAGAUUGGGUGCGAAGUGCCUUAGCAAGAGGUCAAAUAGCACCUCUGCUUAGUGAUGCCCUGGUACUGAAGAGGACAUUUCUUCAUGUCCAAGUUGAGGAUGUAAAGAGGCCUUCUGCUCACUUGAUAUCACAGCCAAUCCGCCAAGUUCUUUAUGGACUGCUUUUGAACAUGUACCAUGAUUCCCAACACAAAAAUCAAACUGACCGUACCAACAAAAUGUUUGUGGUUGAAUUUGAUCGUCUGGAAACGUCUCUUCGAAAAAAUAAUGUUGAAGCAAUUAUUAGUUCAAGUAACUUUAGUGAAGAUCUUUCUCUGCAGAGCCUACCAGAGCUCUCUUUAGGAACACGUGUGAAACUGCUCUUAGACACGUUAGGAGUGAGGUUAAACUUUCUGGAAUCUGUGCCUCCAGCCCAUCGUCUCACAGUUGCUGUGACCUGUUUCUGGGUGAGAAAUGCUAACCCAAAAGUGAGGCUGCAUCACUUGAGAGCACUUGUGAUGGGAAUCAUCUGUGGGGAAGCAGGCAAAAUGCUGAAUACACCAGAGUUGGUUGAAGAAGGGAUUGGAUUGGUGUAUGAGCAAGUGAGAAAGCUCAAGCAAGAACAUGUGUAUGGAAGAAAGCCCAAUAAAGACGAUCUGCACAUAUUCUGUCAGUGGCAGUGCUGCUUCCAGAGUGGCCUUUACUUCAAUCAGCUUCUGAAUUCACCUCUGCAAGAACCGGAUGUAACCAGGAUAUACAAUGGACCUCUUGUUCAUCAGUUGACUCAGAAACUAAAGUCAUCAUCUUCUACAGAAGACCUCUUUAAGCCAUCCCUCAUACUGGAAACGUUGUAUCAAGACUUCAUACAAGCUGUGAUAUCUUCCUUACCACCGGACUGUUUCCAGAGUAGAACCAAGUCUGCAUCUUCUAAAUCUAAAAAUGCAAAAAGACAAGCACAGAACACGAAGCAAAACUCCACCACGCGUGGUCAGUCCAUGCAUGAUGCUUGCAACAGGUUUGCAAGCCUGUUUCUAGAAGAGGAACCUUAGUACACUUUGCUGGAAAAGAAUCAGUCACUAUAUCUUGUAUAUAGACUGUAUAUAGAGGUAGGACUCAAGCUGUUAUAAAACCUCAUAGAUUUCUGCAAGCUUUUUGAGGAUCAUGGGAGCUGUAGCUCUUUAGCAAUCAAAAAUAUCUCAACACGCAGCGGGCCUCCCGCCUUUUUAUAAGUAAGAGGUGCUGAUGCAGAAAAAGGAAGCAGGAACAUGUUUAGCUACCAUGUCGACAGUACCCAAACCUACACAUAUAUUAAAAAUAGUAAGAUAAAAUCAUAACACAUUAUAUUGGCGGUUUUUAAACUGAUUUUUUUUUUUUAAAAUGAUUAAUAUCAAAUAUAUACCUUGGUAAAACCUACUUAUUAUGAAAGCAGUGUUCUCUGUUAAUGAUGGCUCAGAAAAAAAUAGGAACUUUGAAAAAUGAAUUGGAGCUUUAACUUGAGAUCAUUUUAGCAUAUUUUUUUUACAUUGUACACUGUAAUUCUGCACAGAUGAAAAUAUUAAGAUGUAUCUUCACAGAUUUUAAUAUCAAUAAAUGUAUUUAUCACAUUUA